ACACAGAUAACAAAACUUGCCGCAUUUUACCUGUUAACCAAUUUACUAUUUAAAAUAUUAAUAUCAACUGGAUCGUUCAUUAAAGUCAGUUAUAAUGAACGAUGAAACAACCUGCUCGAUACGAAUAUGCCAAGAUGGCCACGCCAAUGCUCUGGCGUUAAACCGAGAGUGUACCCAAAUUGCUGUAGCUGGGCGAAGUCUUCUUAAGGUUUUCUCCAUUGAAAAUGAUGGCUUCACCGAAGUCUGCAACAUGCGUGGCGGAAAGAACCAAAAUCUGAGCUACUCGUCAAAUGACGUAGCUUGGAGUGCACUAGAUUCGAACAUUUUAGCCACGGCAGCUACAAACGGAGUUGUGUCGGUUUGGGACUUGUCCAGAUUUGGUCGCCAAAAGCAGCUUCUUGUGUACAAUGAACAUGAAAGAACGGCUCAUUCUGUAGCUUUCCAUGGGACAGAGGCAAAUUUACUCAUCUCUGGCUCGCAGGAUGGAACCAUCAAAUGCUUCGAUUUGCGAUCAGAUAAGGCCAUCAAUACCUAUUCCAGCAACUCGGAAAGCGUUCGCGAUGUAAAGUUUAGCCCACAUGCCCCGAACACCUUUGCAGCUGUUUCUGAGAACGGAACUGUACAGCUGUGGGACAUCCGAAAAAACGAUCGGUGCACCUCGCAAUUUACUGCUCAUAGUGGACCAAUCUACACCUGUGAUUGGCAUCCCCAACAACAGUGGGUGGCAACUGGCAGCAGAGAUAAGCAAAUUAAGAUUUGGAACACGAACCCUAAAAACUCAUCACUAGACAAUCCCAAAAAUGUAUCCCUCGAGUACAGUAUCCACACAAUAGCCGUCGUCGGACGUGUACGAUGGCGCCCAGAUAAAAUGUACCAUAUUGCCAGUUGUGCUCUGGUGGUUGACAACAGUAUCUACAUAUGGGACGUUAGAAGACCUUUUAUACCUUACGCAUCCUUCAACGAACACUCGAAUGUAACGACUGGAAUUGCCUUCAAGGGGAACGACUCGCACGUUUUGCUGUCUACCAGUAAGGAUUCUACCAUUUUCAAACACGUGUUUAAAGAUGCAUCACGUCCAGCCAUCAAAGCUAAUCCUCAAGGAGCAAGUUUCAAUUACAAAGGUGAUCUCUUGUACGCAUACAAAAUGAAACUGGUUGGGCCACCGACUCCGCCUCCAAUUCAAAAGACGAUGCUGCUUGGUAGCAGACAGAAGACACCACCUUCGACAGAUCAAUUCCAUCUCGCCAAGUCUAGCAUGUUUCAUUUUCAAACCAAAACUCCCUCUCCGAGCUCGAAAGAUAUAACUAAAACAUCACUACUGAAAGACUUCAAUGCAUUAAAAGGAUGCGCUAGAGAAUAUAUAUUAACUGGCCUCACCUUAGUUGAAAUUUGUACCCACAACGCUUCAGUUGCUAAAAAGUAUGGCAAAACGAAUGUAAGCUUUUUAUGGAAUUUUAUCAGCCAGUUGUAUUCUUUUACUUCCAUCGCUAAUCUAAAACUUGAACAAAGAAAUUCAAAUGCUAGUCACUCUAACCGUUUGAUGGCACAAAACUCCAAUCAGUCCAGUUCUGGCAGGGUAGGUGAUGAAAAAGCUGGAAGCAAUCCCAACCUCGGAUCAACCGCUCAAACUGUCAGCAGCACUGAUGAUGUACUGGACUUGCUGAAUCCAAAGAAUGACCUCAACACACUACUAUCGGGAAAAGGUCAACUGUUAUCUGUUGAUAUUGAUCCGCAAUGCUGUGAUUUUGUGUUUGGAGAAACGGAACUAACAUUCGAUAAUGUGAAUUGUAUCAAAGGUUUUCGAGACGGUUUUCUCUACACUGGCCCGCAUGACCUGAUCAAAGAUUAUACUUUUCCAUCGUCCAAUCUAAUGAAUGCCCACGAUUUACAGGCGCGACCAAGAAAGGAGUUGCGUUCCGAAAAUGCAUCCGAGAGUUCUCCUCCGCCAAAUCCUCCUGCUUUCUUAAAGGUAUCGGACAACAAUUUAUCAAAUCCACCCCUCUGGGAACCCCAUCAGGUGUUAGCAGAUUGUCUUAUGCUUCAAACAGAAAUUGGCGAUGUUCAAACUUCCACGUGCAUUCUUAUUGCGCUCGGUGAAAGGCGCCAUAGUUUGCAGAUUGACGAAACUAUUCAUGAAAAUUGGCUCCUGUCGUACGUAGAGCUACUCCAUCGUCAUCAGUUGUGGAACGAAGCUACUCAAAUCAUCAACCUUAGCUGGAUCCAUUCAGUGGCGGAACUUAAUCAACAAUCAACCACGGUUCACACUAACUGUGGCGAUUGUGGAAGACCCCUUUUGAACUCUGCAGGCUGGUACUGUUCAAAGUGUCGAUCUGCACAAAGCUCCAAGUGCAGUGUGUGCAACGGUGUAGUACGUGGCCUUUACGCCUGGUGCCAAGGGUGCUCUCACGGUGGACAUUUGGAACAUUUAAAGCGCUGGUUCACCAACAAUUCCAAGUGUCCCAAGUGUGGCCACUUGUGUGAAUAUGAAUAGAAAUACUAUUUUUCAAAUAAAUUUUAUUUUUUUAAUUCGUAGGUAAUUUAACUUUUUUGGCGAAAUUGAAUUGGUUUAACUGUUUAUUUUAAAUUAAAUAUUUUAUACUACAAGAUGGCUUAUUUUUUUUACCUACUUCCUGGUUAGGUAUCUCCAUUUGGCAAUCGAGCGAUUUGCGCAUCUAGUUAGGGUUACCAUAUCCCGCGACACCAAAAAGAGUAAAUUGAGAUCAUUUAUCCAAAAGUCAGGAGAAACGUUAAGCACUAGAACCCUGUUUAUCCGAACUCCAGUUUUCUGAGCUCUCGCGUUAUCCCAGUCGUCAGGUUGACCCAAGAUUCAUAUAUUGAUUGAGCAUUGCGACCGGAUGGUAUGCAAAAGGAUGUACAGUAGGACCCCGCCAACCUGAGGUAGUCGCGGGAUGAAACCUCGGAUUAAAGGAAAUACAUUGACAAACCCUAUUUUUUGCGCUGGUAUUGCAUAUAAUUCUGGCGUUUUUUUUUUCUAUUUACUCUACUUUUCUGGCAAAUUCAGAUUUUAAACUGUCAAUUAAAUAGCUUAACAAUAUAUCGCGAAGAUAAAACAUAUUUUUAAAUAGAUGUCGGAUAAAAAAUUUUGGCUCGGACAACGCGGAAGCUCGGAUCAGCGGGGUUCUACUGUACAUAUUUCGUGCUAUCUUUGGUGACACCGAGACACGUCACGCGCGGCGCAGAAUAAGGGCCAUCAAUUUAAUCAAAAACUGUUAAUGUUUUGGAGAUAAGGUGACUUACAUUACACUAAUUAUAAAUUUUCUUUUAAAAUAUUCUUGUACUAUACCUAAAUUUUGUGCAUAUUGAUUUGUUGCAUACUCAAA